UUUAGAAGUACGAAUAUGGAGACAUCAGUAGCCCUGUUAUUAAGGAGAGCACACAUGGGAAAUAACCUCCUUUUUGUAACGGCAUACAAAGGCAUUGAAUGUCGUGUUUCGUGUAUUAAUUGUUUUCUGUGAUUGUUGAACGGAAGCGAGAAUUUGUAUUGCAGGUGCCCACCUUGAGAUUGAUUGACUUGAAUUCAAAUUUAGCCACAGUGGAGAAUCAUCCAUCAAGGAUUUGACCCGCAACAGGGCUUUACAGAUUGCCUCAAUCAUUGAAACACCCAGCUAUUUGCCUGUGAUUUUUAUGUGGGCAAGAAGUCUAUAUAUAUAAUUGUGAGAAUCUGAGGUGAAAGCCAAGGCAAUCAAUCCUGCCUGUUUUAUAAGCAAAAAUAUGGAGGAAGGCAGAAACAGAAGUGGCAGCAGCCCUGGUGUUAAGGAGUACAAAGGGGGAGUAACCCCUUUUGUAGUAGGGGCGUGCAUCGUAGCGGCAACAGGGGGGCUUGUCUUUGGCUAUGACAACGGAAUCUCAGGAGGAGUGACAUCCAUGGAUCCUUUCCUCGUAAAAUUCUUCCCGGCCACUUACAAAAAGAUGCACCUAAAAGAGGCCCACACUAGCGCUUACUGCAAAUUCGACAGCCAGAUUUUGACCACCUUCACUUCGUCCAUGUAUAUAGCAGGAUUAAUAGCUUCUAUGGUGGCCUCCACUGUUACCAGGGCCUACGGACGAAAGCCCUCCAUAUUGGUGGGCGGUCUGAGCGUUCUGGUAGGCGCUGCUCUCAAUGGAGGUGCUCUUAAUGUGGGUAUGUUGAUAUUGGGUCGAAUCAUGUUGGGAAUUGGCAUUGGUUUUGCCGAUCAAGCAGUUCCUCUGUAUCUCUCAGAGAUGGCACCGAAGCAAAUGAGAGGAGCACUGAACUCCGGGUUCCAAUUGUUCGUUGCCGUGGGUGGCCUGUCUGCCAGUCUCACAAACUAUGGAACUGCUAAAAUUCAUAAUUGGGGAUGGCGUCUCUCCCUUGGUCUAGCGGUUAUACCCGCCAUAAUACUGAGCUUGGGAAGUUUAUGGCUUCCAGAGACACCCAACAGUUUGAUGGAAAGAGAAGGCCCUGAAAAGGCCAAAGCUAUGUUACAGAGGAUUCGCGGCACUGUUGAUGUUGAGGAGGAGCUAAGUGACAUGAUGGAAGCAAAGAAAAUAUCAGAAACGGUGAAGCAUCCCUUGCGCAAUAUGAUGCAGAGAAAAUAUAGGCCACAGCUUGUGAUGGCAGUGGCGAUUCCCCUGUUCCAACAACUGACAGGCAUCAAUGCCAUUGCUUUCUAUACACCGGUGUUGUUUCGCACAAUUGGGUUCGAGACCAAUGCCUCUCUCAUGUCCGCUGUUAUUAUAGGAGUGAUUGCCACUGCGGCUACGGUGCUCUCGAUGUUUGCUGUUGAUAAAUAUGGACGUCGACUUAUAUUUUUGGAAGGGGGAAUACAGAUGCUUGUCUCCCAGGUAAUUAUUGCUAUAAUUUUGGGCAUUAAAUUUGAUUCUUCGGGAGAUGGAAGCAUUUCAAAAGGGUAUGCAUAUUUACUGUUAGUGAUGAUUUGCAUAUAUGUGGUAGGAUUUUCAUGGUCAUGGGGUCCAUUAGGAUGGUUAGUACCAAGUGAGAUAUUUUCAUUAGAAGUGAGGUCGAUUGGACAGAGUAUUGUUGUUUCAGUGAAUCUAUUAUUAAUAUUUAUUGUUGCACAAGGAUUUCUUGCCAUGUUAUGCCACUUCAAGUUUGGAAUUUUUCUUUUCUUUGCGAUAUGGGUAGUUAUCAUGACCUUAUUUGUAUAUUUCUUUCUCCCUGAGACCAAAAACAUAGGAAUAGAAGAGAUGAAUAGUGUGUGGAAAGAACACUGGUUUUGGAAGAGAUUCGUUAAUGAGGAAAUUCCUAUACCAAUGAAAUCAAUGUAUCAAGAAACAUAGAAAAUACUCAUUACAAUUGAGUACACAGUUUAUUUUCUACAAAGAUUACUUUUCGUUUGUUUAGACUAUUUUAAUCCUUAAGAUUUUUAAGAUUUUUAAGAUUUUUAAGA